AUGGACUUUAAUGAUUUGGUCAUCCCUUCUACAAAACCAAUCAACAUUUUGACUUUGGAUACCUUGCAUAGUACCAAUGAAUAAAUCUAUGGAUACUCUGUUUGUAUUUACAAAGAACUCAAUACCUAAUUGACACAUGAAGAGUGA